AUGGUCGCCCCCGUCACCUCGGCCGCGGGCAUCGUCGCCCUGCUCGACGAGCAAGAACCCGAGCUCCAGUCGUACGCCCUCAAGCGCCUCGAUUCGCUCGUGCACCAGUUCUGGGCAGAGAUCGCAGACGCCAUCUCCAAGAUCGAGAUCCUCUACGAGGACGAGCGCUUUCCCGACCGUCAGCUCGCCGCCCUCAUCGCCUCCAAGAUCUACUUUCACCUCGGCGAGCACGACGAGGCGCUCAUGUUUGCGCUCGGUGCCGGCCCGCUCUUCGACGUAGAGGUCAAGGACGAGUACGUCGACACCGUCGUCUCCAAAGCCAUCGACAAAUACAUCCAGGACACGGCCCCUCUCUCCGCCGCUUCCACCACCGCACAGGCCGAUGCCGAUGCUGCGGCGUCCAAAGCCGCAGCCCAGAAGGCUCCCAUCGACCCGCGCCUCAAGAACAUUGUCGAUCAGAUGUUCGCGCGCUGCAUCGCAGACAAGGAGUUCAAGCAGGCCCUCGGAAUCGCCCUCGAGACUCAGCGCCUCGAUAUCAUCGAAGAGGUCUACUCGGUCACCCACGACGCAGAGCUGCUCACCUACGUCCUCGAGAGCUGCGUCGGCGUCGUGCCCUCCAUCGAGGUCCGCAACCAGAUCCUCCACCUCCUCGUCAAGCUCUUCCAGAGGCUGCCAAACCCGGACCACUUCAGCAUCGGCCAGUGCUACGUCUACCUCAACGCCCCCGAGCUCGCAUCCGAGCUCCUCUUCAAUCUCAUCCAGCACGCGCAUCAGCCCUCGAGCUCGUCUCAAGCCAACACCCCGCACGACCCGCUUCUCGUCACCUACCAACUUGCCUUUGAUCUCGCCGAGAGCGCCACCCAAGAGUUCCUCGAAAACGUGCGCAGAGACCUCUCGUCCAAGUCCAGCGCAGCCGCCUCCGACGUCAAGACCGAGACCGUCGAGGCGGAUGCAGACAUGAACGGCGCCUCCGAUGCCACCACGGUGCAGUCGUGCGUCGACCGCGUCCGCUCCAUCCUUCAGGGCGAGGAGAGCAUCCAGCUCUACCUCGAGUUCCUCAAGCGCUCCAACAAGGCCGAUCUGCCCAUCCUCAAGGCCACCAAGGAGGCUCUUGACGCACGCAGCUCCAUCUACCACUCGGCGCUCAGCUUUGCCAACGCCUUCAUGAACGCAGGCACCACCUCGGACAAGUUCCUGCGCGAGAACCUCGAGUGGCUCGCAAAGGCGUCCAACUGGUCCAAGUUCACCGCCACUGCGGCCCUCGGCAUCCUCAACAAGGGCAACCUCAAGGAGGGAAUCAGCAUCCUGCGUCCCUACCUGCCCCAGGACGGCGUCACUAGCAGCGUCUACUCGGAGGGCGGCAGUCUAUUCGCGCUCGGCCUUAUCCACGCGAACCACGGCGCAGAGGUCAUGGAGCUGCUCACCAACACGCUCAAGAGCAACCCCGCCGAGAUCGUCCAGCACGGCGCCGCGCUCGGCCUCGGCGCCGCAGGCAUGGCAAGCGGCAACGAAGAGGUGUACGAGGAGCUGCGCAACGUGCUCUACACCGACUCGGCCGUCGCCGGCGAGGCGAGCGGGUACGCCAUGGGUCUCGUCAUGCUCGGUACCGGCUCCGAGCGCGCCGUCGAGGAGAUGCUGCAGUACGCCCACGAGACGCAGCACGAAAAGAUCAUCCGUGGUCUCGCCAUCGGCAUCGCCCUCCUCUUCUACGGAAAGGAGGAGAAGGCCGAGGCCAUGAUCGACACGCUCCUCGCAGACAAGGACGCCAUCUUGCGCUACGGUGGUGUCUACACCAUCGCGCUCGCAUACGCCGGCACCGCCAACAACAAGGCGAUACGACGCCUGCUGCACAUUGCCGUCUCGGACGUGAGCGACGAUGUGCGCCGCGCUGCCGUCACCUCGCUCGGCUUCCUGCUCUUCCGAAACCCCACCCAGGUGCCCAGGAUCGUCCAGCUGCUCUCCGAGUCGUACAAUCCGCACGUGCGAUACGGCAGCACGCUCGCGCUCGGCAUCGCGUGCGCCGGCACGGGUCUCGACGAGGCCGUCGACCUGCUCGAGCCCAUGACCAAGGAUCCCGUCGACUUUGUGCGUCAGGGCGCGUGCAUCGCGCUCUCUAUGAUCUUUAUCCAGCAGAACGAGACGCUCAACCCGCGCGUCACCAAUGCGCGCAAGACGUUCGACAAGAUCAUCUCGGACAAGCACGAGGACGCCAUGGCCAAGUUUGGUGCGGCGCUCGCGCAGGGUCUCGUGGAUGCGGGCGGCCGCAACGUGACCAUCUCGCUGCAGAGCCGUGGCGGCAAUGCCAACAUGCCGGCGAUUGUGGGCAUGGCGCUCUUCACGCAGUUCUGGUACUGGUUCCCGCUCGCCCACUUUUCCGCGCUGGCGUUCACGCCGACGGCGCUCAUCGGACUCAACCGCGAACUGCGAAUUCCGGAGUUCGAGUUUGUGUCCGAGGCCAAGCCGAGCCUGUUUGCUUAUCCGACGUCGUACAAGCCUCCGUCGGAGAAGAAGGUGGAGCGCGUCGAGACGGCCGUACUCUCGACCACGGCCAAGGCACAGGCAAGGCAGAGGAACAAGGAGCGCACCCGUGCGCAGGCCGAGGGUGCGGGUGAUGCGAUGGACCUCGACGAUAACACCGGCGCUGCCGCCAAGAAGGAGGACGGCGAUGUCGCCAUGGAGGAGGAUGGUGCCAAGGGCGCAUCGGGUGGCAAGGGCAAGCCCAAGAAGGAGCGCAAGCAGGAGCCGCGUACCGAGGUGCUGCCCAACUACUCGCGCGUCACGCCGGCCCAGGUCAAGUUUGUCACCUUCCCGCCCGAGUCGCGCUUUGUGCCCAUCCGACCUGUUCAGGGCCUGGGCAGCCGCGUUCGUCAGGACGUGUACAACACCUCGUCGGUGGCUGGCAAGCUGCUGGGCAACUCCUCUCCCGCGCCGGGCGCGAGUGGUACCGUGACGCCCUCGAGUCACGGCGGAGCGGUGGCUGCGGUUGCCGGCGGCGUCAAGUCGCUGUUGCAGCAGGCGGUCGGCAAUGCGGCUGGUAGCGACAACGGCGCGCAGCCCGCUGGUGGCGCGCCGGCAGCUGGUGCAGGACCGACGGCGGAGCAGGCCAGGAGUAUCCUGACGUCGGCGAUCGGAGGUACGGGCGGAAUCUUGCUCAUGGUCGACAGGAAGCCCAACGACGAGUUCCGCGCACUCAAGAUCGGCGACUCCAACGACGACGAUGGCGCCACGCAGCAGCGCAACGAUGCGCCGGAAGAGAGGGCGGAUGAUGACGAGAUCAGCCCCGAGGAUGCUGCGGCCAUUGCGGCUGCCAUGGCGGCAGACGACGACGAACAGGGCGACGACAAGGAUCUCAACAGCGUCGCUGCCCACCAGGGCCGCAGGGAUCGUGAUGGAGGCGACGGCGCGGCUCCUGGCGCCGGUGGCCUCCCAGAGGCCCGUUAG